GUACCUCUCCACUGCCGGACGUGGGCGCAGGGCUUCCGGUGGGGGGCUGCACAGGCAACCUGCAGAGGCGGGGUAAGAGCGUACACCUGGAGGCAGAAUGUCAGGCAUAAAAGGCCCAGGCUCGGCAAAGGAUCCAGGGCUGGAGUCCACACCAGGGAUGGACCCCUUUGCGGACACCCUGCAGCGGCUGCGGGAGGCCUUCAGCUCAGGGCGCACACGGCCAGCAGAGUUCCGGGCCGCCCAGCUGAACGGCCUGAGCCGCUUCCUGCGAGAGAACAAGCAGCUUCUGCAGGAGGCGCUGGCUCAGGACCUGCACAAGGCAGCCUUUCAUUCGGACAUUUCGGAGCUCAUCCUCUGCCAGAACGAGGUCGACUUGGCUCUCAGGAACCUGCACACUUGGAUGAAGGAUGAGCCAGCGGCCAGGAACCUGAUCACGCAGCUGGACUCGGCCUUCAUCCGGAAGGAGCCCUUCGGCCUGGUGCUCAUCCUGUCUCCCUGGAACUACCCCCUGAACCUGAGCCUGGUGCCCCUGGCGGGCGCCCUCACAGCAGGGAACUGCGUGGUGCUGAAGCCCUCGGAGAUGAGCAAGUGCACGGAGAAGGUCCUGGCCGAGGUGCUGCCCCGGUACCUGGACCAGAGCUGCUUUGCCGUGGUGCUGGGCGGGCCCGAGAAGACGGGAAGGCUGCUGGAGCACCCGUUCGACUACAUCUUCUUCACGGGGAGCCCUCGAGUUGGCAAGAUCGUCAUGACUGCAGCCGCCAAGCACCUGACGCCCGUCACGCUGGAGCUGGGAGGCAAGAACCCCUGCUACGUGGACGACAACUGCGACCCCCAGACCGUGGCCAACCGGGUGGCCUUCUUCCGCUAUUACAACACCGGCCAGACCUGCGUGGCCCCCGACUACGUCCUGUGCAGCCCCGAGAUGCAGGCGCGGCUGGUGCCCGCCCUGCAGAGCGCCAUCACCCGUUUCUACGGCGACGACCCCCAGAGCUCCCCGGACUUGGGCCGCAUCAUCAACGAGAAGCAUUUCCAGCGGCUCCGGGGCCUGCUGAGCUGCGGUCGCGUGGUCAUCGGCGGCCAGAGUGAUGAAAGCGAUCUCUACAUCGCCCCCACGGUGCUGGUGGACGUGCAGGAGACCGAGCCGGUGAUGCAGGAGGAGAUCUUCGGGCCCAUCCUGCCCAUCGUGAACGUGAGGAGCCUGGACCAGGCCAUCGACUUCAUCAACCGUCGGGAGAAGCCCCUGACCCUGUAUGCCUUCUCCAAGAGCAGCCAGGUAGUGAACCAGAUGCUGGACAGGACCAGCAGUGGCAAUUUUGCAGGGAAUGAAGGCUUCACCUACCUGACUCUUACCUCCCUGCCAUUCUCGGGAGUCGGCAAAAGUGGGAUGGGAAGGUACCACGGCAAGUUCUCCUUCGACACCUUCUCCCACCACCGCGCCUGCCUGCUCUCCCACUCGGGCCUGGAGAUGCUGAAGAACAUCCGCUACCCACCCUAUUCUGACUGCAGACAGAAGCUGCUCACCUGGGCCUUGGGCAGCCACAGCUGCACCCUGCUGUGAACACCCUGCCCGCCUCCAGGUCUCUGUCCACGACCCCUCUGUCCUGCUGCUGCCCGGGUGCUCAGUGGCCCCCAAAAGGCAGGCGUCCUGUCCACAAACAGAAAGGUCCUGCCCUUGGGGCUUUGUCUGAACAGACGCCCGGCUGGACAGGCCUCUGGGCCACCGGUCCAGCCCCUUUCAGGACCAGAGUCCCCUCUGCAGCUUUCUGACAGAUUUGUUGACCCUCUGCUUGAACAUGUCUGGUGACAGAGAGCUCACCCCUUAGGUUGAGCAGCCCUGGUGGUUAGGAAGGCCUCUCUCACAUCAGAUCUAUAAUUAGGCUCCCGAAGUAGAGUGAUUUCUAACAGCUCCAGCCAUACCUGGUUUGGGAAGCUGUGUUUGUCUGGGUCUCAGUUUCCCCAACUGCAGUGAAGAGCGUGGGCCUUUGGAGACGUCUCUGCCUUCCCGGCCAGGGUCUGCUGUGCCCGUGUCUGUCCUCCAGGCUUGCACCUGCCCCCCCUCGCCCCUCACUCCUCUCAGCUGCCCCGACCCAAGAGGGAGCCUCACUCCCAUCUCACAGGCAGGAGCCAAGGCCCAGAGAGGGCACCGACUCCCCAGGUCACACAGCCUGUCGGGGAGGGGGGUGUUGGAGCCAGUGGGACCUGGGGUCCCUCUACUUCCUGGGGCUCAGAGGGACAACUCAGCCGGCCCAUCUCCAGACUGUUCUCACCGCUGUGGCAUGCACAUGUGUUGGUACACAUAGCACAGAUGUGAAUACACAGAUCCUCAGACAGGCAGACACCAGUGCUCACACACACUUGCACACUCAGCUGGGGCUGGAGGCUGCUGUUUCUGGGGGCUCUUGUGCCAGUUUCCUGAUGCCCUUCCGUUCUAUGAAUACCUUCUGAGGGUGUGGAGAAAAGGGAACUCCCCUACACUUUUUUGUGGGAAUAUACAUUGGUGUAGUUACUAUGAAAAACAGUACGGAGGUUCCUUAGAAGAACUAAAAAUAGAGAAACUGUAUGAGCUAGCGAUCCCACUAGUGGGCAUAUAUCUGGAGAAGACUAAUUCAAAAAGAUACACACACCCCAAUAUUCAUUGCAGCGCUAUUUACAAUAGCCAAAACAUGGACGCAUCCUAGAUGUCCAACAACAGGUGAAUGGAUAAAGAAGAUGUGGUACAUAUAUACACAAUGAAAUACUGCUCAGCCAUAAAAAGUAUGAAAUACCUAGACUAAUACUAAUAUUCACUAAUACUAAGUGAAGUAAGUCAGACCAAGACAAAUGCUACACACUAUCACUUACAUGUGGAACCACAAAAAUAGUACAAAUGAACUUAUUUACAAAACAGAAGCAGGUUCACAGAGGUAGUAAACAAAUUAAUGGUUGCCAAAGGGGAAGUGGGAGAGAGAUCCAUCUGGCGUAUGGGAUUAACAUAUACACACUACUAUAUAUAAAAUAAACCAUAAGGUCCUACUAUAUAGCCCAGGGAAGUAUAUUCAAUAUCUUAUGAUAAACAGUAAUGGAAGUUAUUUGAAAAAUAUAUACAUAAAACACAACAUUGGGAUUCAACCCUGUUGUUGUUCGGUCACUAAGUUGUGUCUGACUCUACGACCCCAUGGACUGCACACCAGGCUUGUGGGUCCUUCCCCAUUUCCCAGAGCUUGCUCAAUCUCAUAUCCAUCGAGUCGGUGAUGGCAUCCAACCGUCUCAUCCCCUGUCACCCCCUGCUCCUCCUGCCCUCAAUCUUUCCCAGCACCAGGGUCUUUUCCAAUGACUUGACUCUUUGCAUCAGGUGGCUAAAGUAUUGGAGCUUCAGCUUCAGCAUCAGUUCUUCCAAUGAACAGUCAGGAUGGAUUUCCUUGAGGAUUGACUGGUUUGAUCUCCUUGCUGUCUAAAGGCCCUCUCAACUAUCCUUCAAUCUAAAAAAUAAAUGUAUAUACAAACACACCUUCUGAG